AUCCCCUUGUAUCCCUCUUGCUUUUAAAUUUUUCAUUACCGCAAUACAUCCUGAAAGGAGUUACCAUAAGAAAUGUUUUAUUUUCGGAGGGUACCGCACUUUCCAGCAGAAAGCUUUUAGUGUAUCCACUGUGGGACCAUAAAAUUCUGGUGGUUUUAUCUUGUCAGGAUAGACCCGUUCCACAUGAUAACCUGAUUGUACCGAGUAUUUCCCAUUGUUAGUAAAAUGUCAUCCAUUCCUAUCUUUCAUCGGAUUUCUACUUAAUGAAAUACUUUUAAUAAUUUUUACAUCAUGAAGAUCCACCAAAGUCCUGAUUACAUGUAAAUUCCAAGUUCGAGAUUCCGGAUUAAUGAGAGAAUCCAUUGUGAGGUCCGGGUAAUUUAAACUUAUGUGUAAGAAUGAGUUUUAAUUAUAAAAUAAAUCUCAAACUAUAUGCAAAAAAAUAAUCAUAAAACUAUAAUAAAAUGAUUUAUUAUUUUAUAUUAAAUUAAAACAUUACAUAACUCAUAUCUUGGACAAUAUAAAAAUCACUGAAAAGCAAAAAAAAAUUGCUCGAUAAAUUGGAAGUUCGUUUCCUUUCUCUAAGUGAAACUUGUACACCUUUUUGUGUGUUCAUUAGUUGGUUCUCUCGCGAAGACUUGUGUUGAAAGAGCGGCCAAGUGAUCUCUCUCUCUGUCUCUUUCUCUUCGGUGCUUGAGAAAUCACACUGCAAUGCAAAGCUGAAACAUCUCUUGUCUUUCUUGGAAAGCCUUUUCAGGUGUUUGUGCAGACAGUUCUUAAGAUGGUUGAAGAAAACAAUCCUAUGGAAGGUGGUUCUUGUGAGGAAGAAUUUGCCUGUGGUGAUCCCAAAGUUGAUGUACGUGUUGGGGAUGAAUAUCAGGCUGAGAUACCUCCUAUGAUCUCUGAUCCAGAGAACCCCCCUCUAGCUUCAGAUGAUCUUGGCUCUGGUUCCUUCGUGGUUGGACUACCUCUCCAAGUAACGUGGAUAGACACCAAAUUUAAAGAUAGACAAGGGCUUGGAGAUGACCAUGUCGACAUGAGCGAGUCUCUCAAAUCUCUGAAAAAUAAACGAAGCCGCAGGAACACGGGAACUAAGCAGCGGAGGAUGACUCUUGAAGCUGUGCCGGAGACACCAUCGAGUUCUUGGGAUGAUCUGGAAGUAGAUGGAUUUGUUCUUGGUUUAUAUACAUUCGGGAAGAACUUUACUCAGGUGAAGAAGCUGUUAGAGAGCAAAGAAACAGGAGAUAUACUUUCGUUUUACUACGGAAGGUUCUACAAAUCUGCUAAACACAAGGUUUGGUCUAACGCACUCAAGAAGCAAAGCAGGAAAUGUAUACAAGGCAAGAAGCUCUAUUCAGGUUGGAGGCUACAACACCUGUUGUCCCGUUUGAUUCCCAGCAUCACCGAUGAAUCUCAGAAAAAUAAGCUUGUGAAUGUUUCAAAGUCAUUUGCUGAAGGGAAUAUAUCUCUGGAGAGAUACAUUAUUGGAGUGAAAGAACUAGUAGGUCUCCAAUCUCUUGUAGAAGCCGUAGCGAUCGGUAGAGACAAAGAUCUGACAGUCCUAACAACAGAACCAGCGAAAUCGAAACAGUGGUUCACAGUCUCCUCUGCUGGUUUAGGAGCAUACACUUCACUCACAUCUGAGGAAAUAAUAGAAAAACUUGAUGGCGGUUCCCGUCUAAGCAAAGCCCGUUGCAAUGAUAUCUUUUGGGACGCUGUGUGGCCGCGUUUGCUAGCCAGAGGGUGGCAUUCUGAGCAGCCAAAGGACACCAAAUCUAAAGACAACAUCGUCUUCCUCAUCCCUGGGGUAGAAACGUUCUCUAGACGGAAACUCGUUAAACAGAAUCAUUACUUUGAUUCCAUCGCUGACAUUCUCAAAAAAGUUGUUGCCGAGCCUGAGCUUCUUGAAUUUGAGACAGCAGACAUCAGACCUUCCAGUGAAGAGACUAAUUACCAACACUCUAAGCACCGUUACCUCAGGUCUCCAGACUCUUGUUCUAAUCAUAUGAAGUUCACUGUUGUGGACACUACUAGUUUGGCAUCAGGAGGCAAGUUGUGUGCAUUUCGAGAGUUGAAGAAUCCUGAUAACAGCCCUUCUGUGGAAAGAUCCCAAAUGAUGCCGUUGGAGCAAGCCAAGUUUGCUGGUGAAUGUAAAUGGGAAAAGAAGGGAAUGAAGAAACUGGUGGAAGAGCCGGCGAGGUUCAUGAUUGUGGAUACAAGUGGGCAGUCAUCAGGGAUAAGGAGACGGAGACAUUUGCCCGAUAAUGAGAACCAAUCAGGUAACAAUACAGGUGUGACUUGGGAGUUUCCUAAGCUGUCUGGUGAGACUUUGGAGAAUGUUGGGUCAAAGAAGAGGUCUGUCCGAAAAUCAUCCGAAUCUUUUCCUUUCACUAAGCGAAGGCGGCUCAGUACAUGUGUAAGGAAAGAUAUAGAACGUUUUGGUCAAAGUCCGAAGUUAUCGGUUGAGUUGAUGAACAUCAAGACUGAGAAAUCAGAAGAAACUGAACCAAAUGGGUUAUGUUCACUGGAGAAACAACAACAAGAGGACUCAAAUCGGUUGUGUUGGGACAAAAAAAGCUCUUCAAAUGAUAUGGAAGCUUCUCAACAGCACGAGAAACCUAUUCAGCUUCCUUCCAUGCCAGGCUCAAACAAGAGGACUUGUCUUUCCACUCAUCAAACUGCAUCAAUAAAACAAGAAGAAGAGGAAGAGCUGAACCAACAGACAAACACAGAUAUUCCAAGAAGACAAAGCACAAGAAAGAGGCCAUUGACAACUCGUGCUCUUGAAGCUCUUGAAUCGGGAUUUUACACAGCAAAGAGCUUGAAAAGUACAUCUAAACCGAUAAAACGCGAAAGGUCUACAAGGAUCAAGCACUCAGCCAAAGCGACUCAAAGUGAGUCAGACAAUGGUUUUGUUGUAAAGGAAACCACAUCAAGUAAACCAGAGGGUUUGGAACGGAGCUUUCUUGCGGAUAAAGCAACAAACGUGAGUAAGCCUGUAGAUCAAACAGAGGAUUCGAACAAGGUGACAACCGACUCCCCUAAACGUCCUCCAAUUCUUUUAAAGUUUCCUUUUAAGCGUCGUUGAACAAGUGUUAAAAACUCUUGUAUGAGUCUUUUUUUUGGGCGUUUACUUGAUCUGAAGAAAUGUGUAUAGAAGACGAAAGCUCCUUGGACAGAUUUUUUUUUUUUCUUUUUCAUUUUCUUUUGUUUCUUUGCCUCAUAGAAUCUGAUUCAUUUUACA